AUGUAUCGUCCUCGGAUGCGCGAACAGGUCGACGAAGACGCGGAAACGCAGGACCCAUUCAACUGCUUUGAAGAGUAAGUUAUUUUAAAGUAAUAUUAUAAACACAUGCACCUGGUUUAAUGCAGACUCCCAGUAUUUUUGUCCGAAAUAAUUGUAGCUGUUUCUGUGUUUCAUAUUUACUAGUAACUUCAACGCGUUUUAUGAAGAGCAAACAUCCAACAGAAUUCAAAAUUGUCAGCCGUCUAUUACCAGUGGUAAGUACAUAUAAAGUUGAUUUGUUGUUGAUACUCUAUCACUUUUAAUAAUGGUUGUUUCCUUUAAUUUGUAGGGUCUCAGAGAAAUGAUGCGACACCGACACGAGACUCAUCUGGUGUGUCAGGUAUCUAUUUUUUAUAACAUUUAGUUUUCAAACAAUUCUAGCACUUGCUUUAUAUUCAGUAAAUUCAACUUGAAACAAAGUUUUAAGUUGAAAAAUUUAAAUAAAUUGAAUAAUUUCCGCAAUAUUUCAUCCUUCCUGAUCCUGACCCUGACCCCGACGUUGUGGUCCCGCCAAUCCGCCAUUAUCCUCAGUCCUUGCAAAACUAAAAUGGCUGCUAAGCUUGCAGAGCUAAGCUUGUGGAUAUUUAUAUCAUUAUAUGCACAAAACGAAGUUAUAAAUGCUUUAAAAUAAUGUUGUUAUCAUGUCCUAGUGUUGUGUUCAGGGAGUAUUCUUUCAUAAAUAAACAUAAACUACUUUUAUUGCGUACUGCCUUCGACUUCUUGAUAUUUUAUUUGUUGUUUAUAACUUUAUAGUGUGUAUGGCGACGUUUUAAAACGGCUUUGUUGUUUGACUUUAGGAAAUAAUAAUUCAGAGCGGCUAAUACUCGAUCUACAGAAAGAAGUGGCCACCGUCAAAAGAACGCUAAGUAGAAUGCAAGAUGUAGAAGAAGAAAUCUUGGCAUGUGUCAAAAAAAUAAGAAGGGGAACAGAGGCAGAAAAGUUUGAUCUUUCAAACUGCUGCCACACUGUGAGUUUAGUAUUUUUAUUAUUUAUAUUAUUAAAGAGGCACGGGACAAUUGUAUACACACAGAGCUGUCAGAUAUUAUGCAUGGCAUUAUAUUUUGUAACUUACAUCAUAAUGCCAUUUGCCAUUUAUGACAUUUACGUCUUAAAAUAUUGUUUCAGGAAAACAUCACUCAGCUGCUGGGGAAAUACUAUACAUCGAAAGCACGAUUCCCAAUAGAUUUUCCAGAAAAACAGGUUAAUAAUAGCAUGUAUAUUUACAGACUAUUCGGUUAUUUAAAAAUAGUAAUAUAUGUAUCACAACAUAAAAAUAUUUUUAAUACUGGCUGAUAUAUAACAUUUUACCAUUGAUGUUGUUUAUAAUUUCUACCUAUUAUUGCUUACCUUUAGCGAGCUUUGAAGUUAGAGUUUAACAACUCUCCAACAGGCCUCUCUGUCGAAGAACUUCUACUUCGUUUCAAGAAGUUUGAAAGUUCAAAGAUGUCGUAUUGGAGAAGCGAAGAAAGGAGAAGAGUAAGUAAUAUAUAAGACCUUUAUUAUUUGGCAUUCGCACUUAAUAUUGAAGCUGAUUGCAUGCAUAAACCAGAAUGAGACAUCAACUUCAAUGGCAGACUGAUAUAUCAGACAUAUUUUCGCUUGCCAGUUAGGGAUGUUUGAUAUACCGAUAUACCAAAAAUACCGGUAUUAACCCAUUGAGUGGCGAUGCACCCUGAUGCACCCUACUUUGGUAUUUUACUCUGUCUAACGCCAGACAAUUUUACUCAUCAAGAGGAGAGCUUUGGCGCUUAAUGGGUUAAAACCAAUGUUGGUAUGACUUUUUUCAGUUUGUACCGAUAUACCGACAUGUCCGAUAUACCAGUAUGUUUCGGUACGAUAUGGCAAAAUAAUCAAUGUUUCUAUUAAAAAUCUCAUUGAAAUGGCUGAAAUUCCUUUGAAACAGCUUUGAAUUUAGGGAAAGUUAGUUUGCUGACCCAGGGCUGCAAAUAAAUAUUUGAGUAGGGUUCGGAUUAGGAUUAGUAUUUAACCCAUUGGGUCACAUUGCACCCUACUUUAGUAUUUUACUCCGUCUAACGCCAGACGAUUUUACUCGUCAAGGGGAGAGCACUGGCGCUUAAUGGGUUAACUUGUGCUUUGUUUUUACUCCUAUCACAGCUUCUUGGAAUCGCAGGAUAUGAAGCCCUGUUACGUGCACCAACAGAGGCAUUAGCUGACAAACUGCUGCAGUUGAUUGGGCAGAAGUACUCUGUCAACACAAACAAAACACAUUUGCAGAAUGAGGUGAUGCUAGCAGUAAGUGACAAUACAAUUCUAUUAUAUUUUAACAGUCCUCAAUUAAGUGUUUUUCAUUUGUGAAUCUGCAAUUUCCUGCUGGUUUUUAAGUGAAAUAAAAUGUUAACAUAAUGCUUAAAACUGUGAAAACUAAAAGAAUUUAAAAAUUUCAAUUAAUAAGGUUUUAUAUAUACACUUGGUCAAGUGCUCUGGGAAUCAAACCCAGAAACCAGUAUUGGUAUGUAGUGGUCACAAACAUGUGCACUUUUCUGUUUUAAGCCCAGGUCACACUACACAACGAUAACGAUACGAUAACUUGUAUACGCGCGCUGAUUGGUCAAAAAUUUAUCGUUAUCGUCCGACUGAAAAAAAAAAUCGCUCAGGUGAGCGAUUUUAAAAUCGUUAUCGUUAUCGUCUAACGAUAAUUUUACCAUUUUCGUUGUUGUGUGGACACUAAUACAUUUUUUUUGACAAUUAUCGCGUGUUUACAAUUUAUCGUAUCGUUAUCGUUGUGUAGUGUGACCGGGCCUUAACCCAUUGAAUCGCAUUGUGCCCUGAUGCACCCUACUUUAUUAUUUUACUCUGUCUAUAUGCCAGACGAUUUUACUUGUCAAGGGCACAGCUCUGGCGCUUAAUGACACAGCUCUGGCGCUUAAUGGGUUAAUUAAACCAUUGUCCAACAUGUCCAUCAACACCAGUUUUAGCUACUUCAUUAUCUGAUCCCAUUGCUUUUAUAUAUUUGAUAGCGUAAAUAUGUCAGAGAAAUGACAGUUGCACGGGCGAAAAAAGAGAAGGAAUUUUGGCAGGCCAUGUACACAUGGAAGACGACAACCUGGCCAAAUGGGCUAUCACCAGAUGAUUGGCGUGAAGUUAGGAGGGAGGACUUGGCUGCCUAUGAUGCAUAAGAAUUAAUGAUUUGCUAAUUCCCUUGCCAGAAUCUUAACAAAUUAAUGAUUUAUUUUAAACGUUAUUACUCGGUUUCAAAACAGGAUUUUUCUAGAGGACGUAUUAAAUAUAAACAAAAAUACCUCUAGCAAAAUUCUGUUUUGGAACUCAAUUAACUUUUAUAAUUACUGUCGUUCCAAUUGAAGUGUUGCUGAAAUAUUCAUUCAAUACAUUACCUCGGGCUGACCAAUUCAUUUCAUCAAGUUCCUCGAGAUAUUCAUACACUUCCUAGUAUAAUUGUAAACUUCCUGUUGAAUAGUUUGAAUGCACCAAUCACCUUUGUUGUUUGUGCAACUAACCAAUGAUAAAUAGAAAGGAAGUGACCAGAAAUGAUCAAAUACUUGGAAUUGGCUCUUUCACAGGAAGUGUAUGAAUAUCUCGAGGAACUUGAUCAAAUGAAUUGGUCAGCCCGAGGUAAUGUAUUGAAUCAAUAUUUCAGCAACACUUCAAUUGGAACGACAGUAAGAUUGAACAAUGAUUACUGUUACAGUAUAAUUAUUCCAAAUUAGCAAGCAAAUUGGAAUUAUGUUGUUAUCAUAUGUGUUUAAUUAUGGGAAAUUUAAUUAUAAAAAAUAAAUUUUUUUAACCAUCACAA